CGGAUUGGAGAGGACUCCAGGGAAUACAGUUCCAACUUUAAGGAUCAAGACGAAAGGACUGAAGAAAUCAGCUGAUUAAGAAUCCAUCACAGAUGGAUUCACCAUCUCCACCCCCUGAUGUGACCAUAGAGGGAUCCUGCCCUGUCCCGGAGGAACCUUCUCUCCCCUCCACUGUACAGUCCUGGAUUCCUCCUUCACCCAUCUCCAAAGACAUCUCUGCUGUGUCCUCUCAGCUCUCCAAACCUCCACCCUCCGAAGAACCCACAAAUUUAUCAUGCUGCUCUCCAGCAUCUGCUCAGUCUGACCCUCCUCCUCCUCCAUUAGACACAUCAAAGGUUUUAGCUCCUGCUGGUUCAUCUAAACCUGCAUCUCCUUUUAACCGUCUCAUCAGCAAAGUUUCACCCUCAUUCUCGCUCAGCUCUUCCCCCUCGGCCUCAGACAGCUCAGCCUUUAACCCUCAGACGGAAUCCCUUCCUUUUCGCUUCACACUGGCACCCAUGACAACUUGCUCCACGUCUGUGUCCUCUCCAUCCAAAACACCUUCCAGUGCUCCUACUGACCCCAAGAGGCGCACGUUUGCCUCCAUGGCCAAGAAGGUGAUAAUUCAGGAGAGGUUCAGAAAAGCUGAGGAUGCCAACGACGAUGAGGAUGAUGAAGAAACAGAGGAAGAUUUGUCGUUGGAGCAGUUGGAGGAGAAGGCUCAAGCAGGCGAUUCCAGUGCACAGACCCGGCUGGGUCAGCACCUCCUGUUUCUGGCUGAAGAGCAAGACACUGAGCUGAAUAAUCAUCUGGCAGUGAGCUGGUUGAUUAAAGCUGCAAAACAAGGAAGAAAAAGUGCAGCCAAGUUGUUACAGCAAUGCUGGGCCCAGAAAAAAGGAAUCACCCCAGAGAAUGAGGCAGUUGUGCACAAGUUGUCCACGGAGAACAACUUUGAGCGAGCGGUACGUAAGGCCGCCAUGAUGAUGUACUGGAAGCUCAACCCAGAGCGGAAGACAAAGGUGGCUGUGGCUGAGAUGCUGGAAAAUGUCAGCCAGGUUGACACCGCACGGGGUGGCAGUGCAAGACAGAGCCCUGGAACCAUGUCUGCCAAGACCCAUAAAGUGUUGGAAAGCAUGGUCACCAAUGAGGCCACACAGCUGGAUGUCGAUGACUUUGUUGAGAUGACGAAAAAGUAUGCGCAAGGUAUCGUCCCUACUUCAGCUUCGAAUGAAAGCCAGAACACACUUGGGAGUCCUACACCUCGUGAAGAUGUGAUGCAAAAGGCUGAUCUGGUCCCUUCAGGAGGCAGAAAAGCCCGUCAAAGUUGUUGGGGCUUUGGGGGAAGCGGGAUGAUGCUUGGUACGAAGCGCAAUGGGGCCAUAAAAAGGGCCAUGGACAUGAAGUCACGUCUAAUGAUGCUGCAGUAUCCGCUCCAUGCCUUUGUGGAGAUGAAGGAGCGUCUCGUGGACUGGGCGUCCCGGGCUGGCGUCCAGUGGCUGAGCACCAUCAUCCCCACCCAACACGUCAACGCACUCAUUUUCUUCUUCAUCAUCAGCAACCUGACAGUUGACUUGUUUGCUUUUGUUAUCCCGCUGCUUGUGUUCUAUCUUUCCUUUAUUUCCAUGAUCAUCUGCACUCUGCGUGUUUUAAAGAGCAGUAAGACGUGGGAGAACUUCAGAGCUCUAACAUCUCUACUGACCCGUUUUGAACCUGGGCUGGAUGUGGAGCAAGCAGAGACCAAUUUUGGCUGGAACAACUUGGAGCCAUACCUUUAUUUCAUUGUCUCUGUCUUCUUUGUCAUUUUCUCCUUCCCUGUCGCUGACAAGAGUUGGAUUCCCUGUUCUGAGCUCUCCACUGUGGCCAUUUUCUUCACUGCUGUAAGCUACCACAGCCUUAGCCCCAGCGCUGCCAUGUACGCAAGGCGAGCAAUGGUCAUCGAGGUGGCAUCUUCUUUGUGCAGCCUGACCAAAUUCCUGCCAGAGAAUAUGACAGUACUUCGUUUGCUGGGAUACACCUUUGCCACAUUGCCACUAGGGCAGUCGGUGGUGCUGAAGCUCAGCUUGCCAUGCCUGCUGUAUGUUUACCUGUUCUAUCUUUUCUUCAGCAUGUCCAGAAUGCGUGGUUUCCAGGGGACUUACUGCUUCCUUGUCCCCUAUUUGGUGUGUUUCAUGUGGUGUGAGUUCUCAGUGGUUCUCCUGCAGAACUCAUCUGCUGUAGGUCUAAUCCGCACCUGCGUGGCAUACUUUCUCUUUCUCUUCGCCCUACCUGCUCUUGCCUUCGGCCUUGCUGCCAUGCUCCUCAUCCAGCUCUUCAAGUGGUUCCUCGAACUAGAACUGACCAAAGUGAUCGUGACACUGGUCGUGUGCGCUAUUCCCGUCACUCUGCGGCUCUGGACGCGCUUCAGCAUGUCUAUUCUGGAUGUUUUCCGUUCAAUAACGCACCGUGGUCCAGUCAAGCUCAUCUUACUCUGUAUCUCCAUGGUGAUCAUUUUGUUUUCUGUAUAUGUGUACCAUUCAGAGGGACAAAAAGUUUACAACUCCACCCUGACUUGGAGGCAGUACAGCCAGGUGUGUGGACCCCUGGCAUGGCAAACUAAAGGUAUGGCUCAAACUCAGAUCUUCUGUAGCCAUCUUCAAGGACACAGAAUCACCUGGACUGGGCGCUUUAAGCAUGUUCGUGUUGCUGAGACGGAGAACGGGGCGCAGUCGGUAAUCAACAUGCUGCCGGUGUUCAUAGGUGACUGGCUGCGCUGCUUGUAUGGAGAGACAUAUCCCAAAUGUGAACCAAAAAACAUGACUGUUUCAAAUCUAACGACACCAGCCACUGUGCCCACACUGCCUCAAAUACAGUAUGAGGAAGAGCUGUGUCAGAUUAAGACUCUUGCCAAACACCUUUGCCAUGUCAAGCGCUUUGAUAGCUAUCGCUUUGAGGUGACAGUCGGGAUGAUCCAGGAUGGCAUUAUGGAGGCAGAGGACCCUGCAAAAGAUAUAAUACUUAUGGCUAGUCACGAAUUCAGACAGGUUCUGCUUAAUCUGGACCCUGGGAAUAUGGUGGAGUUCAGCACCAAGUUAGAAGGCCGUCUUGGAGCCAGACUGCCGGCCUUUGAGCUGAAGGCUAUCCACUGUCUGGACUGUGUUUCCUCACCGUUGGCUGGAGGCAGACAGGUCAAAAUAGAAAGAACCUGGAGACUUACGACUCUGAAAGCCCUCAAGUUUGCAUUCGAUUUUUUCUUUUCUCCAUUUUUGUCGGCAAAAAUCAGUGUCUGAGAGGAAUGGUAGAGUCUUAAUGGACAGUGUGCACACUUCUGGAGAAAAUUUAUAGAUGUUUUAAAACUACAGAAAUAAUGAUCUCCUCGGGAAGCCACAGUCUUUGUCUUGUGACAUGAUAUAACGAUCAUGAUACCAAUGCACCUUAAUGUGAUCUAACACCCCGUUUAUACCGAGUCGAUGACUGAGUUACAAUCGAAAAACAGCCUCUGCUCACCGUCACUCUCACUGACUCCCACCGGGGUUGCAAGCUGGUCACAGUGGGGUCUCCAUGGUCAGAAAAAAGAUCUCUCUUGGUCUCCAUCGGUCUCCAACAGGUGUGAGAGUGUAUUGACCUGUUGAAAACACUCGCACAAGCUGUGCGACCAGUUAACAGAUACAUGGGUCUCACAAUCAGUUGAUAAACUCUCACAUG